UUGACAUGGAAGUAAAAGAAAAACGGAAAAAGUUGUGUGACAUUUCCGCAGGCCGUCGGAGAACGAAAUAUAUUUGGCUAUUCGUCUAAAAUAAUGUUUAAAUAUAUUAACUUAUUUUAAAAAUAGGUGUCAGAGAUGGUGCUUAAAAUUCCUCAGAAACUUUUGUACUAUACCAGCGGUUUACUUGAAUUGGUUAACUGAAUACGCCCUUGAAAAUAGUGAUACAAAAAGUCUUAAGUCAGCAUAGCAACAACACUUGAGUAAAUUAAACAUUAUAUUCAAGAAUAAUCGAAGAUAUUACAUUAAUGGUGCCUUUAUGAGAUGAGUGAUGAAAUUUUAUGGCAUAUACAGCUAGACCAUCAUAGAUUUAUUUGAUUAAGUAUAUUUAUAAGUCGGAGUGGUGCUUCAGACUAGAGUAAGAUGAUAACAAGGCGAUGGUUCCAUCCCUCACUGAAUGGUAUAGAUGCAGAAAAGUUAUUAUUAGAUAAAGGCAGAGACGGCUACUUCCUUGCCAGGCCCAGUAUGAGCAAUAAAGGUGACUUUACACUGUCUGUGAGAAGAGGGACGGCGAUAACACACAUUAAAAUUCAGAACAAUGGUGAAUUCCUCGAUCUGUAUGGUGGAGAGAAAUUUGCUACCUUGUCUGAACUCGUUCAAUUUUAUAUGGAUAAUCAGGGUCAGUUACGUGAGAAGAAUGGAAAUAUAAUCAGACUUAAGACUCCUUUAAACUGCGCCGAUCCUACCACGGAACGUUGGUAUCACGGACAGCUCACUGCCAAGGAAGCUGAGAGGAUGAUGCUGGAAAAUGGAAAAAAUGGAUCCUUUCUUGUAAGAGAAUCGCAGAGACAGCCCGGUGAUUUCGUACUAUCAGUUCGAACGAGAGACAGAGUUACUCAUGUUAUACUAAGACGACAGGACAAUAAAUACGACGUCGGGGGAGGCCAGCAGUUCGAUGACAUUGUCAGCCUCAUAGAACACUAUAGGAACUAUCCUAUGGUGGAGACCAAUGGGGAAGUCUUGAGGUUGAUCCAACCUUUCAACGCAACACGUAUCCAAGUGCAACAUUUCCACACACGUGUGAAACAACUCCAAAAGGAAAACGAGGGUCCCAUAGAAAGCAUGGCUUAUAAACAAGGCUUCUGGGAGGAAUUCGAAACGUUGCAAAUGAUGGAGAAUCUACAAUUAUUCGAUAGAAUGGAGGGUUCCAAGCCGGAAAAUAUAAGGAAGAACAGAUACAAGAAUAUUAUACCGUUCGAUCACACCCGUGUAAUACUCAGAGACGUCCCGCCUGACGCCCCGCCGGGGUCGGACUACAUCAACGCUAACUACAUCCGAUGUGACUUCAUCGACUCCAAUUCUGAAUCACACGAGGUGAACGGCUGUAACGAAAACAACAGCCCCAACACUAAGGAUAUGGCGAAGACCAAAGACAAAUCGUCUCCAAUGCACACGGGUGUCAUCAUCACCGAAGAGAAACCGAGAGAAACAAUGAAAGGUUACGGCAACGGAACACAUAAAACUAUACCGUCCUUCGAACCGUGCGUUCUAAGAACGAAUCCGAAUUACGUGAACACAACGAUACCGAAAACGACGGAGAAGUUAGACAAAUGCGAUCCGGACAAGGUUUACAACAAGAUAUACAUUGCGACCCAGGGUUGUCUAUCCACUACCAUCUAUCAGUUCUGGUCGAUGAUAUGGCAAGAGGACGUGCGCAUUAUAAUAAUGACCACGAAGGAAAUCGAGCGCGGGAAAGUCAAGUGCGAGCGCUACUGGCCCGAAUUAAACAAGACGGAAGUCAUCAAGAAGUACACUAUUUUUAACGAAUCCGAGUCAUCCACCCAAGAUUACACUUUACGACGGUUCCUGAUUACGAAGAAAGACGAAACAAAGAAGAGGACCAUAUAUCAUUUCCACUUCACCGCCUGGCCGGACCACGGGGUGCCGUCCGAGCCUGGCCGAGUUCUGAAUAUUCUUCUGGACGUGAACUACAGACUUCAACAGAUAAUGACCAGUCCUGACCCCCCAAACCAGGCUGUGAUCUGCGUGCAUUGUUCCGCGGGGAUCGGUAGGACGGGCACGUUCAUAGUCAUAGAUAUGAUUCUGGAUCAAAUACGGAAGGAGGGUUUUAACUUCGAAAUAGAUAUCCAUCGUACGGUGCAAAUGGUCCGCGACCAGCGCUCCGGUAUGGUCCAGAACGAGGCGCAAUACAAGUUCAUAUACAUGGCCCUCUUGGAGUUCAUCGAAACUGAGAAGCAAAGGGCCAUGGGUCUCGGGCCGACGCCGUCGCUGGACGCCACUCGCAUAUGAUCCGAGAUGUUUUGUAAAUACGUCAAGAAGAAAAAUCGUUUAAAAUGCUUUAUUAAUCGUAAAGGGGCGAGUAGAGGUCUAGUGUUCCCUAAAACUAUACUAUAAAAUGUUAGAUGUACGUUAAGAAUUUACGCUAGGUCGUUUAUUAAUUUUAUCAUAGUUUUAUUGAAGAUAUUGCAAUAUUUUAUAGAAGUGGAAAUAUAUUUAUGUAUAAUAAUAACGGAAUUAUUAAUAAAUUUAGUAUUUAAGUUACGUUUUUUCAAAAGACGCAGUAUGAUAGUGAUCAUUAUCUUUUUUUUUUUUUGUCUUCUAACGAUUGUAAAUGUUACAUUGUCUUCGUACUUUCCGUAGUUGUACGCCACGAUAAGCUAGACUUUAGUACUAACAGUCUAUAAAUAAUACUAUAUCGCUGAUUGUUACUCGGGACAUGAUUAUUUUUCCUCAUACAAUGCUAAUUCUAAUACGUCACUGUGUAAUUUUUUUAAUGUAUAAAACGAAAUCAAUGAUAGUGAAUAUAGGACAUGUAACGGAGACCUGAAGAAUGUUUCAAAUUGUUGCUUUAAAAAUGUGUACUAUACGGAGUCAGGAGAUUGACUUCAAAGUGAUCUCGAAUCAAUUUUUAAUUAGAGAGAGUAUAUUAUUUACUUUUACUCAUGAUAGUCCUUUACAGUAGCAAUAAAAACAAAAUAUAAGCGUGUCUCAGACGAGCAGGUCCGGGCCGCGGUGUUAGGGAUAGAUUAACAAUAUUUUUCUAUAAAAAAAAAUGCUAUGAACCCUGUUACUAAUUGUUUAAAAUAUAUUUGUAGUCGGGAGCUUAAAAGGAGCAUUUUGUAACAUCCGUCACACACAAUAUCCAACCCCUUGUAGAGACAUCGGUGUCUGUCAAUGAGGUACUUCUCUUUGGUAUAUUUAUUGUAUCUUCUAUAGAUUUUUAAUUUUACAGUAGUGAGAAUUCUGAGGUGCUUUGUAACUGUGCUUACUCGUCUUAGACGAUAGUGGAUAUUAUCUUCAUCUUAACAUGUUAUAAUGGAAUUGGAAAUCGAUUUGUUACUUAGUUUUAUUUCAUCGAUUUUGAUGAAUUUAUUUUUAUUUACAAAAUUUACUUAAUAAAUAACAGUAUGUUUUGAAUAUCGACCGAGGCGUCCGUCGCUGUUUAUUCAGAACUGGCAUGUAAUUUCAAAUGUUUUGUUGGCAUUUUAUUUAUCUAUUCCUGUAUGUAAAGCUGAGCUUAAACAAUGCAUGAAUAUAGAAUGAAGCGAAUUGUUAUCUGCUGAAGAUAUAUGUUGUGUUAUAAUAAUUAAUAAAAUGUGAUAUUGUACA